AUGACAAAACGCACCCUCGACGCAUUCUUCAAAUCAUCAACCACCUCUGCAAAGCGACUCAAAUCAGAGUCUGCGGAGUCCAACAUCGUCUCACCCACAGAGACAGACAAUACCCCAAUUGAAGACACCAAACCCCCAAGUCAUCACCAAAGCUAUCCAAUUCCAAUCGCCCAACUCCCCUCACAUAUUGAAGUAGGCCUGGAACACGCAACCCCAGCAACCUCGGCUCGUGAAAUAAACAACCAACCACACCUCGACCUCCUCUACUUCCAACCAUACAUCCCUCGCCCAACAGCAAACGAGCUAUUCAAAUUCCUUCGUCGUGAGCUCCCGUUCUAUCGCGUCCAAUACACAGCACGACGAGGCGACAUCCAAACGCAAAUCAACACACCAAGAUGGACAACCGUCUUCGGAGUCGAUGAGACAUCCACCUUCGUCAAACAAGACGACGACCCCAACAACCUCCUUUUACUAGAAACAAAAACCAAAACACCGAUCCCAAAAACAAAAUACCAGUGCACGCCCCGUCCAAUCCCAGCCUGUCUCGAUCUGCUACGAAGACAGGUCGAAGCAGCGAAUGCAGCCACAGCCGCCGCCGCAGGUACUGAAAACCCCAGCUACAAUUUCUGCUUGGUAAAUUACUACGCUAGCGGCGACGACAGCAUCGCAUUUCACUCAGAUGACGAGCGCUUCCUCGGCCCCGAUCCGAACAUUGCCUCAAUAUCUCUUGGCGGCCAGCGGGAUUUUCUUAUGAAGCACAAACCUUUUGUACCUGGAGGCAAUUUGAACCAGACUGCGGGUAGACGCGUGCCUGGUGCUGCACAUGCAAUGCCCGGUCCAGGUGGUACCGGUGUGACGUCGGCACUGGGUAAAUUCACGGGUGGAACAUUGAAUACCGUCUCUCCUGGAUCUGGGCCUGCUACGGUGCCACUGCAGCAAAUUAAGAUAAGCCUUGGGUCAGGCGAUAUGGUUGUUAUGCGUGGGGCGACGCAAUCGAAUUGGUUGCAUAGUAUUCCUAAGCGAAAGGGGAAGGCUGGUGAGACAAGGGGGCGCAUCAAUGUUACCUUUCGACGGGCAAUGAUUCCUGGUGGGACAAAUAAUUACUAUCAUUAUAAUGUCGGUAGUGGGGGAAUGUAUCGGUGGGAUGAGGUCGCGAGGGAAAUGGUUCUAGGGGAUGGGAAGGUAGAGAGAGAGAGCUAG